AUGCAGCCAGUGCAGAACCGGUACAUCGUCCCCCUCACGCACUCCCUCCGGCACCCACUCAUUCAGGAAAAGACAAUCCUCCUGCCCCCAGGAGGUUCCGUUAAUACCCGGGAAGGGAGCCUGCGAAUUCACAGAGCUGACACAAUCGCUUUUCCUAUUGUCACCGGCUCAGCGCGUGGGAUUGGCAAAGCGAUUGCCCUUCGCCUUGCAAGCGAUGGCUAUUCAGUUUGCAUUAACGAUAUCCCUGGUGCAAUGGAUGAAAUCGUCAGAGUUGUCGAUGAAAUCAAUGCCACGAGCACCCCAGAAGCUACCUCUUCUUCUCGUCCCCGGGCGAUCGGUAUAGCUGCCGAUGUGACCUCACCUUCCGCGGUAGAAGCGAUGGUCCGAGAAUCAGUGGAAAAGCUUGGUCCGUUGACCCUGAUGGUUGCAAACGCGGGCAUCGCGCAGAUAAAACACCUUCUCAAGGUUACCGAAGCCGAUAUCGACGAGGUGUUCUCGGUAAACUUCAAGGGUGUGUUCAACUGCUACACCCACGCGGCCCGCCAGAUGAUCGCGCAGGGUGAUCCGCAAUCUGCUGCUGGGGUUGGAAUGUACAAGAUCGUAGGGGCCUCAUCUAUCGUCGGUUUCAGAGCGUUUGGGGCGUUGGGAAUCUAUUCGGCCAGUAAGUGGGCGGUUCGGGGAUUGACACAGGCGAUGGCGAUGGAGAUGGCACCACACAAGAUUACGGUCAACGCAUAUGCGCCAGGGGUGGUGGGAACGAGAAUGUGGGAUAAAAUCGACGAGGAAUUGGGGACGAUCGAGGGCCGAGCGAAAGGGGAAACGCGAGAGGUAUAUUCAAAUAAGGCGGCUUUGGGGCGAACGAGUGAGCCGGAGGAUGUGGCUGGAUUGGUUGGAGGGUUCCUGGCGAGUCAGGACUCGGAUUUUGUGACAGGACAGACGAUGUUGGUUGACGGUGGUAUAGUCUUUUCUUAA